GAGAUGGCGCGGGCUGUGUCUGAUCUGUCUGCAAAUUAACCCCUUUAGGACUGGGCAACUUUGGAACUAAAUACAGUCUAUUGUUCUCUGUUAUCAGCCAUGUCAGGAGAGGAGAGGUGACUGUAGGACAGGUUACAGGCCUCGAGUUCUUCAGGAUCCUCAUAACAUGGACGCCCUCAUGGUAGAGCUUGGGAGGGUAAGGCUGGGCCCAGUCCCUCUACCAUAUAUCUUUGUCUUGGUACUAAUUCCCUUGUGGACAUUUUUCUCCAGCCAUGAAAACUCUUUGUUAUUUUCUAUGUUGGUCAUCAUCUCAGUCAUCGUGAAGGGUUCGCUGCUCUCAUGCUGGAUCCUGAUCAGAACGACAUCUUGGAUCCUGCAGGUGACGUUGGUUUUGUGUGGGAUGAUCGUUCAGAUGAUUCUCCUUGAGACAAGUCUUCAUGCCUCUCUGUUCUCAUUGAUCGUCCUUGUUCCUCCAUCCACCUUCACUGGCAUCUGUAUCUUUAAAUUACAUCUAUGGAACCGGGGAGAUGUCAAGCACGAGGAUCCUGUCCCAAGCCCCCGGAGCAGACAGGUUAUCGGGAUAUUCUCCCGGAGUUCAAAGGAAGAGUACGCAUGGCUAACCUCUGACCUGAAGAGAGUGGGGUCAGUGGUUCCUUUCCUCAUCACAAAUUCCAAUUCACGGCAAUUUAGCCAGCAAGUCUCUCAGUGCACAUCCGCCAUAUUGUAUCACUCAAAAACGCGAGGACGGGUCAACAUCACCAAUGUUACGGACUCGCUGUACGACAAAGAACUGGAAUACAUGUCACGUGCGCUCGGUAAGAGUAACGUGAUUGUUGUGGCUGACGACAUGGAUGACAGUGGCCUUGCGGCAGAGCAGAAGAUCCUGACCAGCCAGCCGUCCAUCGCUCAGCUGAGCCGCCACCUCUAUGUGUUCACUACAAAGGAGAAAAAUGACGAUCAACUGAGGAAAGAUAAAAUGGAAUCAAUGUAUAAUAUAAUCUCUAAAGGGUCGGUGAGUGGCGUUGUAUCUGAUCUGGUCUUGCUCUUCUUGGUCGUGGUGCCCUGGUUCUACUUCAUCUAUAACCUCUACCAUAUUAUUUUAUUGAUCACAACAAACCUGAACGGAUCCUUUCUUGUGUAUUACGCCAUUUGUUCUUCGAAUCAUUGCGACUCUGUGCUUCCAUCUACGUAUCCCAUCCAGAGGCAAAGAAACCUAUGGAGGAAAAGGAAGGGUGCCCCCAUGGUGGGACUGGCUGCUGUCCUGGUGCUGAUGGUGGUGGAACUGUCCUCCCUGUAUUGGGUGACAUCACAUAUGGACAUGGUCUUGCUUAUUGCACAGUCACUUGGGACCGGAGUGUUCAUCCUUAAGAUGUCCUUGCCUUGACCAAAGAUCAGCCAGGAAACGCCAGGAAAAUUAUCCAAAGAUCAGAACCUCAGUGAAUUGUAUGCAGCCUCGUGCGGAAUAAUGGGAACCAUUAUAGAGUCCAAUAUUACACUUGUUUUCAUCCCCUGACACCCCAGAACCAUUCCUGCUCACCCCAUUUCAUUACGCAAUUACCUCUCUUCUUACAGCUUUUGCUUCAAAAGGGAAUUGUUUUAUACAAUUAUUAUGUACACGACAAUGUGUGAAUUUUGUAAAAAAUAAAAUGUAC